AAUUUUCUCAACACAUCCGCAAUGACAAAUACCAAAUGAGUAAUUGUGAAAAAUUCCAAAAUAAUACAAGUACCUUAUCUUUAUACACAUAAGUAUCAUAAUCGAGUGCAACCUAGUCGUUUUCAACGCAAACAUUUAAUCUGUUUUAACCUCAAUGAGAUAAAAGAUCAAAACAUUUACCAUUGAAGUCAGUUUUAGACGUAAAGUGACUUUACGUGCACGUGUCAAAACCAGAAACAAUGACAUCAAUAAAAAGUAUCCUAAUAUCAGUGAUAGUAGUUUGUGUCAAUGCUAAGAUAAAUAUAUACCUCACAGACACGCCGAUAAAGAAAAUAGGUACUAGAUUAUAUAAACAAGAAUUACUAUCAAAUAAAUUUAAAGACGUCAAAGAGCUAGCAUACGAUUCAGCGACUAGAAAUCUAUUCUUCAUGUUCAUGGACGACUCUAUACAGAACUCGGGACGUGCUUUCAUUAACGUUAUAACAAAAAAGGCAGUGAAAAUCAGUGGUAUUGAAAAGAAUAAAGCUACCGCAGUCGAUCCAGAUACAGGAGAUGUUUAUUUCGGUUCAGACGAUGGUCUGUACAAGUACGAUCCCAUAGCAGAAGAAGCAAUCAACAUCGGCUUAUAUAAUAUGAAUAUAUUCAAAAUAGUUAUAAGAAAUAAUGAAAUGUAUCUCAUUGAUGCGAAUAAUCAUAUGAUAUAUAAGAUAUUCGAUCAAGCUACGAAAGCUGUUUUAGUUGGAGACAUGAAAACAGUUAUAGAGUUUGAUGUUGAUUAUAAAAAGAAUAUACAUUUUGUGACGAUGUGCGGUGUUUUCUGUGCAAUCGAUGGUGUUGAAGUUGUUAAAAAUAAAGAUCUGAACGUGGUCUAUCAUUUUAUAUCGGAUGAGUAUAAGACGUUUGGUGUUACUGAAAGCGGUUUGUAUGAAAUCGAUUGUAGGAACGGGACAGCGAAAUACGUGGCUUACUUAGAUUUCUUUCCGCGUAGCAUUAUUUUCGGGGACUACGGUGAUAUAUUUUACGCUGUCGACGAUAAUAUAUACAGAUUAAAGCCAAUAAACUCUUAUACAAUUUACAAAAUACACAAACAUAAGUCUUAAAUUUAUAAAUGUUUUAAUAACCAUUUUGUAUAUAAUAAUAUUAAUUAAUUAAAAUUAGCUUGCAAAUGUUCAA